AUGCUGCAUCAAGGGUCCUUGAAAACAAAAACUCCAGAGGAAGCCUUGGAAUUAUUAGAGUCUUUAGCCUCUCAGGAGUAUGAUAAUGCUCCCGUACCACAGAGAAGAGCGGGGAUUAUGAAGCUUGAUGGCUAUGAUGCUAUCCUGGCCCAGAAUGAUCAGAUUCUACAGUUUAAUAAGAAACAGCAACAACAACUAGAUGCUCUCACGAAGCAAUUUUCUGAUUUUCAAGUUUCUUCUGUUAAUACUCCAAUAGCUUCUGUUAAUACUUCUUCUAUUGUUUGUGAUAUUUGUGCAGGUGCUCAUGCUACUGAUGACUGCAAGGCACCCGAAACUGCAGAUGUUAAUGGAAUUUGGCAUGAUCAAAAAGCUCCAUAUAAUCCAGGGAGGAACCAAUACGGCAAUAAUCAGAAUCAAGGGUGGAGAAAUAAAAAUCAAAAUCAACACCCGGGAUUUAGUUACAGUUCGAACCAUCAGCUGAAUCCUCCUAUGCCAGUGCAACAGCAACCUCCUCAACAAUCAGAAUGGGAAAAGGCCUUUGCACAACUAUCCAAGACCACAUCACACUACAUUCAAAGUUCCAAUAAUUUUAGAGAAGACACUUCAGCCUUUAUGCAAGAGACAAGGGCCUCAUUCCGGAAUCAAGAAACUUCUAUCCGGAAUCUUGAAACUCAGAUUGGCCAGCUAUCAAAGCAGUUCACUGAAAGAGUUCAAGGAACUUUUCCAGGUAACACUAUUCCAAAUCCAAGUAGGGAACACUGCAAUGCGAUUACUACUAUGAGUGAGAAAGACAUUGAACCUGUGGUAAAGCCUUCAGUUGAGAAAAAGAAAGAUGAUGAUAUUGCAACUGAAAAGGAAAAAGAAAAGGAAGUUGCCAAAGAAUUUGCUGCAGAGAAAACUGUUCCUGAGAAGAAAGAGUUCAAAUGGGAGAAAAAGAAAGCUCAAGAAAGGCAAGAAAAGCCAUUGAAGCUCUCACCUUAUGCAAAGAUUCCAUAUCCGCAGAGGUUCAGAGAGGAAAUCAAAAAGCAGCAGUAUUCCAAAUUCCUUGACAUUUUCAAGAAGCUGCAAAUCAAUAUCCCGUUUACUGAGGCCUUGGAGAACAUGCCCAAUUACGCAAAGUUCAUGAAAGAUCUUCUAUCACGAAAGCGUAAGCUACAAGAAUGUGAGACGGUGACGCUGACAGAGGAAUGCAGUGCCAUUAUCCAGAAAAAGUUGCCUCCAAAGCUUAAAGAUCCAGGAAGAUUCAGCAUUCCAUGCAACAUAGGCAAUAUGGAAGUGAAAAAUGUUCUAUGUGAUCUCGGUGCCAGCAUCAACGUGAUGCCACUAUUUAUGAUGAAGAAACUGGGGAUCACUGAAGUAAGGCCAACCAAGACAAUAGUUCAACUGGCUGACUGCUCUACAAAGCAAGCUUAUGGCAUUAUUGAGGACAUACUGGUAAAGGUUGACAAAUUCAUCAUUCCUGUUGAUUUUGUCAUCCUUGAUAUAGAGGAAAAUUUUACUAUUCCUAUGAUCUUCGGAAGACCUUUCUUGGCAACCUCAGGAGCGCUGAUUGAUGUACCGAAAGACACUACACAGGAUGCUGAUAGAAAUGAUAUUGCACCCACUACUGAAAUUGAUGAGGAUUGA